AUGGGACUCCCGCCUCCACCUUGCCCUCGGACCCCUGAAGGAAAGACUGUUUCAGAGGCGGGCAGGCUCCGGAGGCGGCCAGUCCACACCCAGGAGGAGCGCGCGCUGGGGCUCCCGCCUGUGCAGCGCCUCGAGGCCGGGCUGCUGCUGAGGGCCCUUGCGACGCCAACCCUCACCGCACAAAACCGAAUCGCAGCCCCUCGGGUCACGCAGUUGGUGGAAAUCUCCGCAGACCCUUCCUUGUCAGAGUGUGUUCAAAACCGCAAAGCCACCGUUUCCGCCGAGCCCGCGGGCAGAGAACAGCCCCAGCCCCCGCAUUCCUGGUGCUUCACGGCAAAUAGCCCCCCACCUGGCGACCACGGACCUGGUCCCCGGAGCCCGGCUUCUCCCGCCCAGCCCGUCCCCCGGCUGCUGGUGUGGGCUGUGCCGAAGCCCAGAGCUGUGGAGUGACACCGGGGCUCUCAGGUUUUGGUGGUUAUGAGCGCUGCUGCUGUGAACCUUCAUGUCCAAGUUUUUGCUGUAAACUCAGUGUCUUUCAGAGAGCAACGUGUUCCAUUUCGAUGGAGUCCAAUGUAUCGAUUCCUUCUUUCAUUGGUCCUGCUUUCGGUGCUGUGUCCAGGGCCAUUCGUCGGACCCCCUCAUUUUCUGCUAAGGAUUGUGUACACGUUCAGGGGCGUGACCCACGUGAAGAUGAGCGACCUGGGGGUUCACCGGCUUCCCGGGCCUCCCACCACGGGUCCGCCUCGAACCUCUGAGUCCCACUACUGGUACUGGGACCAGGAUGCCGGAGUGGCUCUCCUAUCUUCCCACUCCACUGUCCUCGUGAGCCCGGCCCCUCUGCGCGGGGGCCCUCCUGGCUCUGCAUCCAAGCCACGGGCCCCGUGUCCAUGA